AUGUCUGUCACGCGAGAAAAACAACAUCUUGCCAUAUGUUAUGGCUAUAUUUUAGUAGCCGUGGCUCAGAUAUCCCUGGCCAUCGUCGCAUCGACCCGACACAACGACACAACGCCAUAUACAGCAACAACAGCGUAUAAGAAAGCCCAGAGAGCAACACGUACCGCCAGCGGAAUGGCCUUUCUCCUCAUGGCAGUCCAAUUCUACCUCUCCGCCAUCAUCACCCUCCUCGGCUGCCCCAUCAUCUACAUUGGUUGGCACCCUAAGGUUGUCGCACCGCCUGCGGAAGAUAACUUGGAGCUGAAGAAUCCUUCGUACAAGAUGGAUCCGGCAUCAUCGAAUGGGCCUGAAGAUGCUGGUCUUGUCUAA